UGCGAUCCCUCCCCAUGCUCUCCCUGUUUUGCCUGAGACCACACCCAGGUUAUGAGUAAGGACGGACCCCCGAAAGCUUUCCUGCACACCGGACCCAGCGCUGAGGGACAGCUGUACCCCAGCCGCUGAGAUCGCAGCCCGGGGCGGGCCGGCCCCUCAGGGCGCCCUCCUGCCCGCCCUGAGGGCGCGGGGGCUCCCGCCGCUCCCCGCCCUGUGGCGGCCCCGGGGCCAGUGGGCGCGGCGGUCCCUGCCGCCAGCGCAGCCCCCUGCCCGCCCGGCUCCGCCCGCCACAGCCGCCUCGCCUCGCUUCCCCUCACCUCCCUUCUUCUCGCCUCCCCUCACCUCGCCUCCCCUCUCCUCCCGCCCGGGUGCCACAGAGCCGAGGCGCCGGGCGGGCAGCGGGCGGGCCGCGCCAUGAGCGCCGAGUGCAGCAGUUACCUCAACGCCGACAAGGUGCUGGUGAGCGGGUUCAGCUGCCCGCGGGCGGGCGGCGACGCCCGCGCCGUGUUCUGCUGCGGCUUCCAGGACGUCAAGUACUGCUGCGAUGACCCCCACAGCUUCUUCCCCUACGAGCACAGCUACAUGUGGUGGCUCAGUGUUGGAGCACUCGUGGGCCUGUCAAUAGCAGCAGUGGUCCUCUUUGCUUUUAUCAUCACUGUGUGUGUUCUCUGUUAUUUGUUUAUCAGCACCAAGCCACGCAGCAAACUUGAUACUGGUUUGAGCUUACAGACAGCAGAUACAGAGCUGCAUCCCUAAAAAAACCUCCACCAAAACAAGCUGUUGACAGAGCCAAGUAACUUCAAGACACUUCCUAAGCCACAAAGAUGGACUGUGACCAUAAGCCACGAGAACCUGACUCACUCUUCCAGAGGUGUUUCCUGGCUCUUACAACCACUGUUGAUAACCAGAGGCCAAUCUGAAGCUGUGCCAGGCUGUGUUUCUGUAUGGUUGCUAUACUAAGAAAUUGUGUAAUUUGAUUUGCACAUGUCAACUACUGCUGUUCAGUCAUUUUCAUGCAAGUUGCCUCUACCCUGUGCAAUUCCAGUGAGAUAACACAGUUGUCAAGCAGAGCAGAAUUUGGCACACCGUGUUGACCAAGCUUUAUUUUAAGCUUUCCUCAUGUGCCAUCUCAGUGUGGUGUCUUCAUGUCAUGAACAUGGUUGUCUUAGCCAAAUGUGACUGUUCAGUGCACAAACCAACGUGAAUGUAGUACCUCAAUAAAAUCUGGCAUUUA